AUGACCAACUACCCUCUCCUAAUUAACCUCAUCAUAGCCCUCUCCUAUGCCCUCCCAAUCCUGAUCGCAGUAGCCUUCCUAACACUAGUAGAACGUAAAAUCCUAAGUUACAUACAAAGCCGAAAAGGCCCAAAUAUCGUGGGACCAUUCGGACUCCUCCAACCCCUGGCAGAUGGCAUCAAACUAUUCAUCAAAGAACCAAUCCGACCAUCAACAUCCUCCCCAAUCCUAUUUAUCACAACGCCCAUGCUAGCCCUCCUCCUAGCAAUUUCAAUUUGGAUACCACUCCCCCUACCAUUCUCCCUAGCGGACCUAAACCUAGGCGUUCUAUUCCUACUAGCCAUAUCAAGCCUAGCAGUAUACUCUAUCCUAUGAUCAGGAUGAGCCUCCAACUCAAAAUACGCCUUAAUUGGGGCACUCCGAGCAGUAGCCCAAACAAUCUCCUACGAGGUAACCUUAGCAAUUAUUCUUCUAUCUGUCAUCCUACUCAGUGGGAACUAUACCCUAAGCACCCUAGCAGUGACCCAAGAACCCCUUUACCUCAUCUUCCCAUGCUGACCACUAGCCAUAAUAUGAUAUGUAUCCACGCUAGCCGAAACAAAUCGUGCCCCAUUCGACCUAACAGAGGGAGAGUCUGAACUAGUAUCCGGAUUUAACGUAGAAUAUGCAGCAGGUCCAUUCGCCCUAUUCUUCCUAGCCGAAUACGCCAACAUCAUACUAAUAAACGCACUGACUACCAUCCUAUUCUUUAACCCAAGCUUCCUCAACCCCCAGCAAGAACUAUUUCCAGUAAUCCUCGCAACAAAAGUACUCCUCCUAUCAGCAGGAUUCCUGUGAAUCCGUGCUUCCUACCCGCGAUUCCGAUACGACCAGCUAAUACACCUACUAUGAAAAAACUUCCUUCCACUUACACUAGCCCUAUGUCUGUGACACAUUAGCAUACCAAUUUGCUAUGCAGGCCUACCCCCAUACCUAAGA